AUGAGCUUUCUCACGUGGUCGACGCUGUGUGUCCACACGGCGGCGUUCUUCUUCCGGGUGUACCGAAUGUGGAGGAUCCUCAUCAAGCACGACGACAAGAUGUGGAAUACCGGGUUCGUGUGCGCCCGCCAACUCAAGUGGGUCCGGAAGCAGUUCAACGAGUACGAGUCGAUGAAGCGCACUCUGCUGUACAUGACCAUCACCCUGGCGAGCUACGGCGUGGUCGUCUUGUUUCUGCUGGCGGAUGACCUUACAGUGUCGCGGCGAGUGGCCCUCUUCUAUCCGGUGAUGACGACAUACAUCCUGCUGUGGGGCUCCAUUCGCGAGCCGUUCAUGAUGAAGAUUCUGGGAGACGACGAGUACCUCGGGUCCUACACGCACGGAUUUGCCCAGCUUCCUUCGCCGGCCCAGCUGAAGGCCAGCCUGGCAGAACAGCUUUCCGUGGAGCAGCUGCGGGACGAGUUCCGGCGGUACAUCAAGACCAAGGUGGCCCAGGAACUGAUAGACUUCUACCUGGACUCGCUAGACCGGGAAGAGGUGACAGAUUUCUUCGAGAGACAGGUUAACGUAUCGGGAGCAUGCCGGGAGAAGAUUCUCGCGACGGACGUGACUGCAUUCGACAUCUUCGAAGAGGCGAGGGCGGAGGUCUUGGUGGUCAUGGAGACCAACUUCCAGAGCGACUUUGUGACGACGGAAGGAUUCCGCCGCAUCAUGGACGCUUCCGAGAAGGAGCAGCAGGAGCUGAGCCUCCUCCGUUCGGGGGGCAUGCUAUCUCUGGGGAGGCUGUCGACGCCCGGAUCAUGCGUAUCGGAGAGGAAUUCCCGUUCGUCCUCUCCGCACAACUCCGCCGCCACCGCCGCCGCCGCCGCCGCCGCCGCAACUGCUGUCCGAGACGAGCUUCCGCCGCUUCGGUCCCCGUCGCUCCCCGGCCUCAUGACGGCCUUCAAGAGCCCCCCAUACCCGAUGAGGAUCGCCAAGACCGCCGCUUCCGAGUCGCGGGGUCGCGGGACGGUGAGAAGGAGCGUGGGCGAGCGCAUCGGCAGGGCUGCGAGAAUCUCGGCCGAGACCCUCCUGGCCGGCGGCACCGACAGCGGGGAGCACCAGGAGGCUCGCCCGGAGGGGUCGGUCGCAGGGAAGAGGGCCGCCGUCGCCCCCGUCACACGUGGGGGUGGUUUUGAGGAAGAGGGAAAUGAUGAGGAUACCGGGCUUGCCCUAGCGCCCAAGAUGGAGGCGGGUGCGUUGACGAUAGCGGUGGCAGGGCGGCGCGUGGUCCCAAAGGAAACCGACGGUGCCGUUGUUGGUGGUGAAAGCACUGCGUAUUGGGACGAGGAAAUGGCGGAGCAGGCGGUGAAAAAUGACGAUGAUGUCGGUUAG